ACCUCAGGAAAAAUAUUUAAAGGAUUGCAUUGAGAGAUUGCAAAAACGAGUGGUGGAUGUUCCUCUGCUCUGUUUUUUCCCCACUUCUCUCUUCUAAAAAUCCGAACUUUUCGCAUUAUCUCUGCCGUUUUGCAUCUCGAUUCUUUUGUCUGAAUUCCCCAAUUCACUCUGUUUUUGCCCACAACACUAUCCUUCCAUGAAAAAAUCGAAACUUUAUCUAGAAGAUGACUCCAUUCUCCUCUGAACUCGUUGGUUUCACCAUCCCUUUCUACUCCAAAACUCAGAAACACUGUUCAAAUUCUUCUCACGGACUGCUGCUACUAUCUCACAAUCGAACCUCCCUCUUAAGCUUCUCAAACUCUAACCCUAACCACGACAAUGUUCAAAAAUCCUUUUCAUCUUCAGGGGCGAGAAACCUUCAAGCCGCCACAACACAAGACGCAACAGUUCCCACCGAACGAAGACAACAACAUUCUCUCGGGUUUAGAGACACACAGAUGCUCAAAAUCUUCCAUCGAUCAUGUCGUUCAGGGAACUACAUCGAGUCUCUGCACUUACUCGAGAGCAUGGUACGUAAAGGUUACAAUCCCGAUGUGAUACUCUGCACUAAGCUCAUUAAAGGUUUCUUCACUCUAAGAAACAUUCCAAAAGCUGUUAGGGUUAUGGAGAUUCUUGAGAAAUUCGGACAGCCUGAUGUUUUUGCUUACAACGCGUUGAUUAAUGGGUUUUGUAAGAUGAAUCGAAUCGAUGAUGCUACCAGAGUUCUUGAUAGGAUGAGAAGUAAAGGCUUUUCGCCAGAUACUGUCACUUACAACAUAAUGAUUGGUAGUUUGUGUAGUAGAGGCAAACUUGUUCUUGCUUUGAAGGUUUUGGAUCAGUUGUUAAGUGAUAACUGUCAACCUACUGUGAUUACUUACACGAUUUUGAUCGAAGCAACGAUGCUUGAAGGCGGAGUUGAUGAAGCGUUGAAGCUUUUGGAUGAGAUGUUGUCUAGAGGGUUAAAACCUGAUAUGUUUACUUACAACACAAUCAUUAGAGGAAUGUGUAAAGAAGGGAUGGUGGAUCGUGCGUUUGAGAUGGUUAGGAAUCUUGAAUUGAGAGGUUGUGAGCCUGAUGUGAUCUCUUAUAACAUCUUGCUUCGAGCUCUUUUGAAUCAAGGGAAAUGGGAAGAAGGAGAGAAGCUUAUGACUAAGAUGUUUUCAGAGAAGUGUGAUCCUAAUGUUGUGACUUAUAGCAUUUUGAUUACUACUCUAUGUCGAGAUGGAAAGAUCGAAGAAGCGUUGAAUCUGCUUAAGCUUAUGAAGGAGAAAGGGUUAAGCCCUGAUGCUUAUAGCUACGAUCCUUUGAUCGCUGCGUUUUGUAGAGAAGGUAGGUUAGAUUUAGCUAUUGAGUUCUUGGAAACUAUGAUCUCGGACGGGUGUUUACCGGACAUAGUUAACUACAACACGGUUUUAGCUACGUUGUGCAAGAACGGGAAAGCUGAUCAAGCGUUGGAGAUUUUCGGGAAGCUAGGAGAAGUAGGCUGCUCACCGAACUCAAGCUCUUACAACACCAUGUUCAGUGCGUUAUGGAGCAGCGGAGAUAAGAUCAGGGCGUUACAUAUGAUAUCAGAGAUGGUAACUCACGGGAUUGAUCCCGAUGAGAUCACAUACAACUCGAUGAUCUCGUGUCUAUGCAGAGAAGGGAUGGUUGAUGAAGCUUAUGAUUUAUUGGUUGAUAUGAGAAGCUGUGAGUUUCAACCAUCGGUUGUUACGUACAACAUUGUGCUUUUGGGAUUCUGUAAAACUCAUAGGAUCGUUGACGCCAUCGAUGUUUUGGAAUCAAUGGUGAGAAAUGGAUGUAAGCCUAACGAAAGUACUUAUACUGUGCUUAUUGAAGGCAUUGGAUUUGCUGGUUACAGAGCAGAAGCAAUGGAGUUAGCUAAUGAUCUUGUUCGAAUCGAUGCCAUUUCUGACUACUCGUUCAAGAGAUUGCAUAGGACUUUCCCUUUACUCAAUGUUUUACAGAGAUCUUCUCAUACUUCUUCUGGUCAUUAAGUGAACAUGUUCUGUUAUUGUUUUUGAUGUCUGUGAACUGUGAUGAAUCAGAAGCAGACAUAACCUAUUCAUUUAGUAAUUGUAUAACUUUGUAAGACCAUAAAACUAAAAAUAUAAAUAAGACUACACUUGAAAUG